AUGGCACGCAAACAGUUAGAAUUUCAAAAAAUCCUUUUACUUUUACUUUACGCCUUGCAUCAGCAACGCGCCGCCGCUGUUAUCACAUAUCCACAAUGUGAUGAGAUGAGUGUGAAAACGAUUUGUGCGUGUCGACAUGAAGAUGAUGCGAAUAUGAAAAUUGUGUGCGCGCUAAAUACGCAAAACAACAACCACGCGCUGAGUGGUGAUAGCAAUACAACACUAACAAUUGUUAUCUACAGAAGCGCACAAGUGCGCGUGCAUUGUCGUGGUUUACGGGAGAGUAAGAGCCUCAUUGACGCGCUGCCCGCGCUAAACAUCGGACCCGAUCUAAUGUUGUUGGUGUUCAGCGGUUGUCAUGAACUCGAUGCAAUUAUGCAACGCUUUGGUAUAUACAAAAGCAAGCUGCUGGAAUUAAGCGCUGUUGCUUUAGCAACCAAAACAACAAUAACAAACACUAACUUAACACGCAUGCAACUACCAAAAGCUUUGCCUGUGGAUAGUUUAAAGCUGAACGCAUACACACAGUUCGCCGCUGACUUAUUCGUCGAUUAUGCGCAAUUGAAAUUUCUAGAUAUACAAGCGGACAACCUUGUCGCGCUGCCGCUGGAUAUUUUCCAACCGUUACCCAACUUAAUAGGGCUUACACUGAAAGCGCAUAUCGCACAACUCCCACUUAGUAUAUUCCGCGCGCAGCGCCGUUUGAUAAAUAUCGUGCUAAGUGAUGGCGCAUUGCCGAGUAUGUUGAAUGUGGAUUUUCAGUAUUUAAUACAACUGCAAUCACUGCAUUUGCCACGUAAUGAACUGACACAAAUACCAGCGUACGCGCUUGCGUCACUAACAGAGCUCUUGCGCAUCAAUUUAAGUGAGAAUCGCUUACGCGCAUUGCCCGCUACUAUGUUCGCGCAACAGAAAAAACUUAUAAGCAUCGAUUUGAGUGAGAAUCUACUGCAGGAGCUGCCUGCGAACUUAUUUGCGCACACACACGCACUACAAGAACUACGACUAUCGCACAAUAAAUUACAGCGCUUACCCAGCACUUUGUUCGCGCCGUUGAACUAUAUGAAAGUAUUGCUUUUAAAUAAUAAUCAACUACGCAGCUUAGCGCCACAGAUAUUUGCAUCGAAUAAUGAGCUACAACGUUUACAUUUGCAAUAUAAUCAAAUUGCUUUGAACGCGUCGGAUAUGUGCGCGACGUUUGCGCCCUUUAAAUAUAUGAGUGAAUUGUUAUUGCGUAGCAACGCGCUAACGCAUAUAUGCGAGCAGCCGUGGAUGCGUAAGAUGGGACUGUUUGAUUUGGCGUACAACCGUAUUGAAGUGUUGCGCGCGCCCGCCUUGGUUGCGCUUGCUUGCAGUUGGGCGCGCGUCGACCUGUCGCACAACGCACUGCAAAGCAUUGUGGUGCCCGCGCGCAUAGCAAGUGGUAAAGCGAUACAGGCGUUAACUUGUCGAAGCAAUAUAUCAUUAAACUACAAUGCGCUACACUGUGACUGUCACUUAUUGGACUUUGUACUUGGCAAGCGUUUAGACUAUUUGAAUGCGCAAACCCAACUGAACACAACCAACUUGAGCUGUGACACACCAAUACCACUGCGAGGUCGCCUCGUCGAUACAUUGCAACCCGGUGAGCUCUUAUGCCCCGUAAAGGCGGAAUUUUGUGCGGCAGGCUGUCGUUGUUGGGCGCGCACAUACGACGCUACACUUAUUGUGAACUGCACGCGCAUGCAAUUGACGACGAUACCCGCUCUACCCUCACUGACGCAAACAACACUGACAUCUAUCGAGCUACACCUCACUGAUAACAAUAUAACAGUGUUACCCCUUAACACAACCAGCGGUUAUGCAAAUGUAACGCGUCUAUAUGCUGCUCGAAAUCUGCUGCGAAAUAUUAGCGCCACGCAAUUGCCUGCACCGUUGAUGUCCCUUGAUGUACGCCAUAACCGCUUGACGCAACUCAGCGCCAGUUUCUAUUCGUUACUCAAUGAUACACAAACGCUGAGCGAGUUGUAUUUGUCGCAUAACGCUUGGGAGUGCGACUGCACUACCGAGCAAUUACUCAUUAGCACCAAGGUGCAUUACAAUCGUAUACGUGAUCUGGAUGAGCUGCGUUGCGCCAACACGCAGUAUCCGAAAAUACUCGAGCUCGCCUACAACGACAUUUGUCCAGCAGAUUUGAGUUUACUCUUCACGAGCAUAAGCCUCUUGGCCUUCGGUUUCUUCAUAUCCAUUGCGAGCGCGCUCUAUUUCAAAUAUCAACUUGAGAUUAAUGUUUGGUUGUAUGCGCACAAUGUCUGCUUGUGGUGUGUAUCGGAGCGCGAGUUGGAUAAAGAUAAACUGUUCGACGCAUUCAUCUCAUAUUCGCAUAAAGAUGAAAGUUUCGUCGUCCAAGAGCUACUACCAGGCUUGGAACAAGGCGAUAUAGCCUUUCGAGUGUGUACACAUGAGCGUAAUUGGCUUGCUGGUGCUUAUAUACCCGAACAGAUAAUCGAAUCUGUGGAGCAAUCGUGUCGUACAAUAAUUGUUUUGUCGCAACACUUCAUCGAAUCGCCCUGGGCGCGCAUGGAAUUUCGUACGGCACAUCAAAGUGCAUUGAACGAGGGCCGCGCGCGCAUUAUAAUUAUCAUGUUGGGUGAGGUGACACACAUGGAGGGGCUCGAUACGGAGCUACAGGCGUAUUUGAAGAUGAACACCUACUUGAAAUGGAAUGAUCCCUGGUUCUGGAGCAAACUACGUUACGCCAUGCCGCAUAAAAGACCACAACUGUUGGAUGAGACGAAUGCACCGCGCUACGUUUACAGUCCUAUGGAACUAAAGGAAAUGGGGAAACGGGCACGCGACGCAAGGCAUAUUUAA